AUAAAAGUAUCGCAUCCAACAGGGACAUUUUAUAGAACGGUUACACACUUUAAACCGGGAUGCAUUUAAUUUGGUAUCGGUAUAUUUAGGGGCGUUUGAAAUAAGACUACAUUUUAGAUAAUUUUAUAUCUAUUUGUUUUUGGAUUGACUAAACAUAUAUACAUUCGGCAAAAUGACAUCGUACAAGCUGUAUUAUUUCGAGGCCAGAGGGGCUGCCGAGCUGGCUCGUUUGAUUUUUAAACAGGCCGGUGUUGAGUUCGAGGACAUCAGAUAUAGUCGUGAUGAAUGGCCACACCACAAACCAGAGAUGCCGAUCGGCGCAAUGCCAGUAUUGGAAGUUGGCGGUCAAAAGAUUUGUCAAAGUAUGGCCAUAGCGCGAUACCUGGCAAAGGAGUUCGACCUGUUUGGAACAAACAAUAUGGAGGAAUUAUUGAUUGACGAGCUGAUGGAGCUGUUUGCAGAAAUAUCGAGUAAGCACGCUACGAAAAUCUACUACGAACAAGACGAAACAAAAAAGCUUGAACUUGUGAAAGCCUUGCAGACGGAUGCUGCUCCAGUUUAUCUUAAUCUUAUUGAGAAAAGACUGAAGGAGAACAAUGGGGGGAGUGGAUUUUACGUUGGAUCGAAAGUUAGUGUAGCAGACUUACUCCUUUACAACUCCAUGUUCGGAUUUCGUCAAUGGUUCGGUAAAUUCGGAGUGGACCUAUUCGAUGGGAGAACCCUUUUGGAGGAUCAUUACAAGCGAGUGGAAACACUUCCAAACAUCGCAAAAUGGGUGAAAGAAAGACCAGAAACAGUCAUGUAAUGUGUAAUAAGCAAAGGUGCAAUCAACCAGAACUCAGCAAAUGUGUGCAUUAUAAGCGUUUUAGAAUUGUUUACACAAAGCAAGAACAGAAUUGUCACUAUGGUUACAUAUUUUCCGUUAGUCCCAUUUUCAUUGACUUUUGUUAUUUAUUUUCUGAGUACGGUUGGUGAAAUAACUUUAAAUGCCUACUUCACAAACCGCAAGUGAAAGCUAAAUAAAUUUUGGAAAGAGUA